UUCUGAGAGCCCAGAGCAAGUUAGCGCGCCAAAAUGCUGCUUUGGCGAAGCAGAGUAUCAACCGUCAAGUCUCCUUUUUCUUUGGGGACUUUCGUCAAACACCUUCCAGCUUCAAAUCCAAGUCCAAACCCAAGUCCCUCCACAUUCAAAUUCAGCCCCAGUGGAAAACCGCAGUCCAUAUUCACCACUCCAGCCCUGCCCAAAUCCCAUUUCCAGGCCUUAACUCAGAAGCAACAACAACAAGUCCAUCUCUACAUCCACUCCCUCCUCGAAUGGAACCAGAAGAUGAACCUCACUGCUGUUAGAGGGCAAAAUGAGGUAAUGGAAAGGCAUGUGGAGGAUUCACUGGCCAUUUUAGAGCCUAUAAAGACCUCUUAUCUCUCCCGUUGUGGGACUUCUUGCGAAAACCUGAAUCUUAUUGACGUCGGUAGCGGGGCGGGCCUUCCAGGAAUAAUUCUUGCUAUUGCUUGCCCUGGCUGGAAAGUUACCCUUUUGGAGUCUAUGAAUAAGCGUUGUGUUUUCUUGGAGCAUGCGGUUGGCGUCACCGGUCUGUCAAAUGUGCAAGUUAUAAGAGAAAGAGCUGAGAACCUGGGACACAAUCCUGGGUUCAGAGAGGCGUUUGACGUUGCUGUAGCCAGAGCAGUUGCAGAAAUGAGAGUUUUAGCUGAGUAUUGUCUUCCUCUAGUACGUGUGGGUGGAUUGUUUGUAGCAGCAAAGGGCCAUAACCCUCAGGCUUUUCCAAUUCUAGAUAGGACAAGUACUUUAACAGCAGUCUUUUGUGGUAUUGGUCAGAACAUUUGGUAGCAGCGAUUACAUCUGUGGAUAAAUUUGGGGCUUAGACUAGUGGAAUUCUGUUUGAGUUGUUUGAAGGGAGGAAGUCAAAAGUGCAAAGAGAGCUGUUAAUUUGCUGGGUGCUUCAGUAUUGCAAACAUGCAAUGUGGAAUCGAAAAGCA